UGGAGGAGGUGGAGGAGGUGGAGGAGGAGCAGAAGAGCACAUUGGAUGAGGGGGAUGUCAAGGAAGAAAGUGUGAGUGAGGCUACAAACAACCAGACGAUAGAUGAAGCAUCGGAGGAGGAAGACAACAUCAAAACAGAUACGGAAGACCGUCAAGAAGCAGAUAUAUUAGCUGAAUGUGUUACAUGCAGCGAAGAAGAUGAGCAGAAUGAUAAAACAGAGCUACAAGCAGCUGAAUUCACAUAUGGAGAACAGGAGGAUGAGGCGAAGGAUACUGAAGUGCAAACCAAAACAAAAGAGACAGAUGUUGACAAGACAGAAAGCCAUGUGGUCGAUGAAAAAUCUGAUGUGACAACAACCAACUUUUCAGUAGAUUGUGAUAAAGAUCAAGUAGAGAAGGAGAGGCUCUCAAGGGAAGUAGUCCACGAGGAAAGUUACAUGGAAAUAGCAUGUACAACCACCUCAGUUACGGUAAGACCUGAAGGCGAGACUGGAGAGGAAAUGAGCGCAGAGUGUAAGGAUAUUCCUCUGGGGAUAUGUGAAGGCCAGCUUGUUGUGUCGCAGGAGCUAAACUCUCCGACACGUGAGGAAACACAAGAGGGAGUUCCUGACUACAACAAUAAGCCAGAUGAAAACACAACACAAAGGUUCCUGGAAGAAGGGGAUUUUGAGGAAAUCCUGGGCAGCCAAUUACAAGAAGAGGUGGAGGGCAAAGAGUCGGAGAGCCUUCAAAACAGUGGCUCCAGCACCGGAGCUGACUAUUUACUGGAGAGGGAGCGAAGGGAAGAAGGAGAAGAAAGCACGAGAGAUAUUGAGAACAGCUUUGACGACAGGCCAACAGAAGAUACGGAGAAACAACUUCUUGAAGCAGUGAUUCAAGAGUCAGGACAUUUCUUUGAAGAAGAGGAAAAGGAAUUACUGUUGGUCUCAAUGAAGUCGAGGAUCGUACACUCAGAAAAGGAGCUUGAGUCCCACAUCAGCCUAACAGACGAGACGGAUAAGGCGGCAGAAGAGCCACAAGAUGGGACUGAAGAUCUUUUGGUUGAAUUUGACAUAGAAAAAGGGUCAUUUGAUUACAAAUUAUCUGAUCAAGUUGGCAGUGAGGCGAGGGAAGCUGUCACAGCAGAGGAAGUGCUCUGGUCCACUGAUGAAACUUUCCUCGAGUCUGAAAUAGAGACAAGCUUCUUCCAGGAAUCUGUAGAUGCCCGAAACUCGAAGCAAAACAAAAACAUGACUCCUAGUUUUUUAGAUAACGUGACUGACUUUGAAGAUAUUGGGCAUAAAAUACUUGUAGAUGUAGAAAUGCACGAUGCAGGGAUAGAUGUGGAAGAAAUGGGUUAUGGAAUCGAACAAGAGGUGGAAGAAGAUGUAAUGCAGAACAAUAGUGAGUUGGAGAUUGUACAUCAGAAGGUAGAGGGGAUUGCAGAAUCUGAAUUGGAGAUGAGAAAUCAGCUAUCAGAUGAAGCACUUAAGAUAACAAAGGAGGAGAUGUUGACUCAAGAGGCCGGGGAAUCAAAGACAGCUGAGUCUAAACCAAAAGAUAUGAGUGUGUUAUCAACAGAAGAAGUGGCUGAGCAUGUGACAGAAUCAGAAGGGAGUUAUGAUGAAGAAACAGUCUGCUCAACGAGUGGACGUCAGGAUGUGAUCGAUGAAGAAAUCCUUGAUUGGUCGAUACAAACGGCUUUGUCAGAGGUCACAGAAGGCAUAAAACAACAAGACGAACCAGAGCCCAGACAUCAAAUUGAGCCGUCCAAUGAGGAACAAGAUGAAAUAUCAUCAGUUCAGACAGAGAAUGAUAAAGAGCAGCUUGUGGCGUCAAAUUUAAAGGAAUCUGAAUUAGUGAGUGACACAGAAACGUCUUCAUCAACAGUAGAGUCUGGAUUUGUAGACCAGUCUCUCAGUGAAGGGGGGGGAACUCAGCUGCUGAAAUCAACUAGUGCUGGGUCAUUUCAGGGCAUAUACGGCAUGUUGGUUAAUCUGUCAGAAUCAGCAGACUUCGCUGAAUUGUCAACACAACAACUUGAUAUAUUGAUGGAGGAAACCGCUGAGACAGGGCGAUCAUAUCUGAAAGAAAAGAAAUCAGUCACUGAGACAGGAUUUCAGCCGGAUGCAGGAGUCCCGUCACCAGACGCUGGACAUCUAUAUCAGGAGUCCGAUAAAGCACAAGAAAAAUCAGAUGAUGAAAGAGCUAUAUCAGGGGAGGCUGAAACGGUAUCACAGACAGAGAUUGAGGCUGAGGUAACUGACUGGAAAGACACAAAAGAGGCAGACCCUCUAUUCAAAGAGGAGAAACCAGAAACUGAAGAUGAGCCUCUUCAGAGACCUGUCUCUCCAGAUAAAAUUAAACAUAUUGAAUCCGGACCACCCCAAAGUGGCUCAGAGGCUUCUUCUUCAGGGGCUGAAAUAGUGAUGACAGAAUCUGGUUCACAAGGCGACGCCUGCACCGAACCACCACUUCGAUGGUCAGAGGUUGAAGCUGAAUCAUUACCUGGGCCAAAUGAAGUGGAGGUGGAGGAACAGCUGAUGGCAGAGUAUGAAGACCUGUUGGAGGUGGACUCCGCUGCGCUUGACUUUACUGUGCAAAGGUCAAGAAUUGCUGUUAAAGACCCUCGUGUAAGGCCGCCCAAAGACCCCCGCUCCCUCCUGCAGAUGCCCUCAGUGGAUCCCACACCGUCUCCACGUCUGCCAGCCAAAGUCCCUGCAGGAGUGCCUUUAGGAGGCAUGGGCAUGGGAAUAAAACUGCCUGGGUUUGGGGCAGGGUUUCCUGUUUUGAAAAAGACACAACGGGUGGAGAGGGAUGAAAAUAGCCCAGACACCGUCUCUCAGGAGCCGGAGGAGAAGAGUGACACUCCCAAACAAGAUGAGGCACAACAGAAACCUAAAUGGAUGCCACCAAGACAUCCGGGAUUCGGAAACCCACUGAUGUCCGAGCUGAAGACCAAACUGAAAAAAAACACGAAAGAAUGACAUGUGGAUGAAUUGUAAUGCUUUAUAUGAAUGUUUGGAUAUAAUAUACAAAUUGCUUUAUUUUGUAUGUAUUUAUGAAACUCAAUGCAGUGAUGAAAUGUUCAUCACAUUCAUUAUGUGCCUUAUUUUUUGUAUGUUUUGUAAUAAAGCUUAUCUGAAAAAAGA